AUGGAUCCGGCCAAAUUGCCGCGUUGGCAUCUACCCGACCGAGUGUCCUCUCGGUUUGUCGACACGUCGCCCGCAGGGCUCAAGUUCCACGUCCUGGAAUCCGUGCCAGACCAACCGCCAGAGCCAGAGUCGGGAAGCAACAAGUCUCUUCCGCCCCUGAUCCUUCUCCUUCACGGCUUCCCGAACCUCUCGUACGACUGGCGAUACGUGCUCCCCAAGCUAGCAGCGGGGGGUUGCUACGCCGUCGCUUUCGACCUGCGAGGCUUCGGGCGCACCCACAACGCCGAUCUGACGCCCAUUCCGGACUGCGCAAUACACCCCAUGGCCGCCGUCUGCGACGUGGUCACCCUGGUACACGCCUUGGGAUACACAACGAUACGCACGCUGGUAGGUCACGACCUGGGCGCCUACAUGGCCGCCAUCACCGCGCUCGUGAGACCCGACAUGGUGGAAUCGCUGCUGCUCUUGGCGCACACCUGGAAAGGUAUUGCCAACGUGCCGCUGGGGGCCUCGCCCGCGAAAGCCCUGGCUUCUCGGGUGCCCCGCCCUCUUCCUCGCCGGUGGGAGGGGGACCACGAUCCGCAUAUACAGGCGUCCCUGGCCAGGCUUGACCCGCCUAGGAAACACUACAAAUGGGACAAUGCCUCUCCCGGCGCGGCAGACGAGUGGACCUACCCCGCGGGGCCGCCGCUGCGAGAGUUUCUGAGGGGCUAUUUCCACCUCAAGUCGGGCGCUCAUGCGCAGAAAAUACCGCCUCGGCCGCUCAAGUCCUGGACGGCCCAAGAGCUGGCUAUUCUGCCUCACUACUACGUCAUGCGUGCCGACAAGACCAUGCGGGAGAACGUUGCCCUGGACAUGCGGGAGGAGCCUCGCCAGGUGGCUGAGGGGCUUUCCGGGACGCCCUGGCUUGCCGAGACCGACGUCGACGUGUACGAGCGCGAGUUCACGCGGACGACGUUUCGCGCUCCGCUGCUUUGGUACCGAGUGCUGACCGAUCCAGAACGGUCCAGGGACUUGCUGUGCUUGGCGGGGUCCAAGAUCAGGAUUCCUGCCAAGUACGUUUCGGGCGUCGGCGAUUGGGGCACGUACCAGAUCCCGGGGGGUCUGGAGGCGAUGCAGGAGGGCGUGAGCGUCGAGCCCGAAUGCUGGCGAGGUGCGACGCUGGUGCCUGGGGCUGGCCACUGGGUCAAUGUGGAGAAGCCGGACGAGAGUGCUCUCGAGAUAUUGGAGCUAGCAAGAUCCGUGGCGUCGAAGCCCCUAGCAUCUCGUGGCUGA